AUGAAAAAGAUUAGCGAUACAAGAUGGUCUGCAAGAAGCGAUGCCAUUUUGUCUUUGAAACAGGGUUACCAUGAUAUCAAAAAUGCCCUUCUUGAUAUUGCUGUAGCAGAGAAUGAGAAGCCUGUAGCAAAAGUCGAAGCAAAAGCUCCAUCGAAAAAAUUUGAAAAGUAUGAAAAUGCUGUUCUUACAGUUUUGUGGAAUCGUUUGUUGCAAAGAAUGAAUGCUGUUAGCAAAUCACUGCAGUCUAAGGAUGGUUACUUAUUUAUGGCUGUAGAGUUGUUGACUUCUCUUCAGGCUUUCAUCACUGAAGUCAGAAAUGAUUAUUCGUCCAUCGAACUGGAAGCAUUAUCUUUAACGAAAGGUGUAGUAAUUCUCGAUGAAAAUUUAAAUAAGAAUCGCUUAAAGAAAAGCAAGACGUUUUGUGAUGAACUUCAAGAGAAGGAAACAAUGAUAGAAGGGAAACAAAAAUGGAUAAUUGAAACUGUGAUACGCUAG